AGCAGCGGUGACUUCCCGGGGGCCAGAGACGCUCCCAAGCCCGCACGGGGCAUGCGCUCCACUUAGCACGGGGGAAUUGAAUAGGAAAAACAACUAGAAGAAAAACGCCUCCGCGAGCCGCCAAACAUCCCGCUUCCAGGUUCCAGAGUAGCAAAAACCGCCGCACAGAGGGGCAGGGGAGAAGGGAUCUCGGGCCAUGCCUGUGGCUCGGCGUUCUAGGCUCUGCGAUGGCUGUCCCAGGCGGGGGGCUGCUCUGAUCAAGGAGCUGGCGAUCGUGACCGCAGCAUGAUAUACUGGGAGCCCAGCCCGGCAAUGCCUUGGCACUGACUAGCCUGGCAGCCCUACUGCUUCUGCCGGCUUGUGGACUGGAUAACCGGCCAAACUCCGGGACCUCGGCUCACCACGAGCUGGAACACACAGAGACAGGGAGACGGGGAAGGGUCCGGGUGGGGUCCUAGCUACUUGUCUUGCUGAGUCUCCAGGCGGUACUGGACAGCUCUCGAUGGGGCUGCGGGCCUGGCUGAGGACGCUGUGCUGCUGCUGCCUAGGAGACCCGGACUUGCCCGAGAAGGAGCCCCUGCUCAGUGGCAGCAAUCCGUAUUCCUCUUUUGGAGCAACUCAAGUGAGAGAUGAUGAGAAGAAUUUAUGGAGCAUACCUCAUGAUGUAUCCCAUACAGAAGCAGAUGAUGAUAGGAUACUAUAUAAUUUGAUUGUCAUUCGAAAUCAACAGCCCAAAGAUUCAGAGGAAUGGCAAAAACUCAACUAUGAUAUCUACACCUUACGGAGAACUCGAAGGGAAGUGAGAAACCGAUGGAAGCACAUUUUGGAAGAUUUAGGCUUUCAGAAGGAAGCAGAUUCUUUGUUAUCAGUGACUAAACUCAGCACCAUCAGUGACUCUCAGAACACCAGGAAAGCCCGGGAAAUAUUGUUAAAACUUGCUGAAGAGACAAAUAUUUUCCCAACAAACUGGGAGCUCUCAGAGAGGUACCUCUUUGUGGUGGACCGUCUCAUCACUCUGGAUGCUGCAGAAGAGUUUUUUAAAAUGGCCAGCCUCACUUACCCUAAAAAGCCAGGACUAACCUACUUGGCCAAUGGCCAGAAAGAACUGCCCUACCUUCCAUUUCCAAGCCCCUAAAGAGAUGGACCUGGGACAGAACUUAAAUUUUGCCCUGGGGACUCAGGGCAACCAGCCAAAGUACCAUGGCUUUUCUUUGGAGAAUUGCAAGCAGGAGGGAGAUAAGGGAAGAGAAGAAGAAAGACAUCUGUGUCGUGAUUAGAAAACAUGUCUAUGUGCAGAAGGAUGUAGAACCCUGCCCAGCUCCAAGGAAGGAAUAAACUAGGAGAUGAUAACAGUCCAGACCUUAGUCCUUAGUUAGGAGGACUCACUGUGUGUAUUUACGCCAUCAGGGAAACUCCAUGGCCUCAGCUCUUUCUUGGAGAACUUUAAAUUCCGCUGACUUUCAAGAUAGGAAAAUUCAAUAAUUCAACGUACCCAGAAGAAAUUUACUGAGUGCCUCCUAUGUGCUAAAAGCACAGUCUUAGGUGCUGGUUGUGACAAAGAUGAGUAAAGCAUGAGUCCUGCCCUCCAAAAGCUUACAAAUAACUAGUCUGAGAUGUGGCAGCAGAGGGGUGGCAGGGCAGGGCAGGGUAAGAUCAGGUAAAUGGAUCUCGGUCAAUAGGAAGCUGUUGGUUAUCCCAUAUCAGGAUGAUCUACUUUCAAAUAGUGUACAAUAAAGUCUGCUGAGCCCAACACUAAAACUAAA